CCCUUCCCAGUCCUGACCUUCUAUAAAAGCGGCGUCAAAUCUCUGGAAGUCAUAUUUCGACUUUCGGUAGGAAUGAUAGCUUCUAUCAUUCUUGCUCUUGCCGUUACCUUCGGGGCGGCAAGGGCCCAGACGGGUUGUGACACAAAAGCGGAUAUUACAUUUUUAAUAGACUCAUCCGACAAUGUCGGUCAGCAAAACUUUAUCAAACAAUUAGCAUUUGUAAGGGAUGUGUCGAACAACAUGCAGCUUGGGCCUAACAAGGUCCAAGUCAGUGCUGUCACAUUUGGCACUGGGGCCAAGAACCAGUUUGACCUCAACCAGUACAGCGACAAGGCUGCCUUGGAGGCCGCCAUCAUGUCGAUUCAGUACAACGGUGGUCAGCCUGCUCUGGCGAAUGCGAUCCGUUAUGUGACGGGUUCUUCCUUUAGCCCUCUGCACGGAGGGCGGGCGGACGCCCCACACGUGGCGGUCGUUCUCACCAACCAGCCGUCGGGAACAAUUGACACCAUAAAGUUGCAGUCGCAGACGGCAAAAGACAAUGGUGUCAUCAUUUACGCGGUUGGUAUUGGCAACGGUGUCAACAUGAACGAGCUGCAGACGCUGGCUUCGGACCCCGACUCCCGCCACCUCUAUACCGCCAAUAACUUCGACGCCCUGUCAAGUUUGAAGGACAUACUUGCAACAAAAUUAUGCAACGAGUUGCCACCAGACCCUUCCAAGCUUCCUGCACCAAGCAGUUGUCUCCAGAAAGCUGACGUUGUCUUCAUGGUCGACUCAUCUACGAGCGUUGGACAAACAAACUUCGCCAAACUAGAGCAUUUCCUCAAGGAUGUCAUGACUAAGCUAAACGUCGGCCCAAACAACGUGCAAGUCAGUGUGGUUAAAUACGGCAGCUAUCCUUCAUUGGAGUUCUCUUUGACCCAGCACCCUUCUCGUCCUGAGGCACUGAAAGCUGUUGAGGCGAUGACAUAUCUCGGCGGUGGCACCAACGAUGCAGAUGCGUUUACCUUCGUCGGAAACCAAGUUAUGAGUCAGAACCACGGCGCCCGUGGGGACGUUCCACGUAUCGCCGUUAUGAUCACUGAUGGUGGAUCCGCCAACUCACAGGCCGCCAUCGCCGCCGCCCAGAAGCUCGGACAGCAAAACGUCGGGAUACUCGCAGUCGGCGUCGGUAGCCAGGUGAAUCACGCAGAGCUGAACAACAUCGUGGACGCACCGUCAUCCCAGAACGCCUUCUAUGUGAACGCGUAUGAUAAUCUCGACAGCAUAACCAACAAUCUGCUGACUCAGAUGUGCAAAGUCACAAAGAUGCAACCAUCCAUUUCCGGGGCAACUCUACCCACCGAUCCCUGCAAAGAUGUCGAAAGUAACUGCGCCUCCUACGGUGCCGACGUUUGUAAGACCUACCAAUCCUGGGCACAAACCCACUGCGCCAAGUUUUGCGGAUUUUGCCAGCCUCUCUACACUGCCGCUCCUCCAAAAUGUGUCGACACGGACCCCGCCUGCCAGUCCUAUGGACGCGACAUCUGUGCCGACCGAAACUCAUUCUUUGCCCAGAGUUGCCAGUUGUUCUGCGGUUACUGCGGAGACUCUACGUCGCAUGUUGGUUACUAUGGACAGUGCUCUUACAAGGGUAAAACUUACGCCACCGGCGAGAAAUGGUACGACGGUUGCGAGUACGAAUGCAUCUGUGAAGACGGAGCUUCCGGCCGAUAUAAAUGUAACAACAGGUGCCCGGUGUACUACAACUUGCCAACGGACUGCACCCUGGUAACACAGCCGGGCGAAUGCUGCCUACAGCCAGUUUGCAAUUUCAACCCCCAGGUGACCGUUCAACAGUCCAGUGGCCACGGAGUCUCACCAGCUGGCAUUGAUGUGUGCGUCUACAAAACGAAGCAAUACUAUCAGGGUCAGCGUUGGCGCGACGGAUGUGACUACCAGUGUGUCUGCGAUGACUCUAAGAGCGGCCUAUACACGUGUGAGGAACUAUGUCCCAAAUACUCCAGCAUCCCUCCCUACUGCCACAUGGAGACACCCGCGGGAGAGUGCUGCGCGAAGCCCGUGUGUGAGUUCAGUUCUCAGACAGGAAGCUUCCAAGGAACUGGUACCAUCAGUGGUAACGGCGUGGGUAUCCAACCCACUGCUCACCCACCCUGCGUGGACGUGCUGUCCACGUGCAGCAGCUACGGAAAGAGCGUCUGCGUCGACUACAGAGGAUGGGCCGCCCAGAACUGCCGUAAAUACUGCGACAUGUGCCCCGACGAGCUCGCUCAACCUGGACCGGAUGACCGCUGCGUCUAUGAAGGCAAACUGUACCAGCAAGGAGACACGUGGAACACGUCAUGUGACACCACGUGUACUUGCGAGAACGCCAUCUACGGAUAUUAUAGAUGUGUUAACAGCUGCCCGAGCUACAACAACCUUCCACAGGCAUGUUCAACGGUAAAGAAGGCCGGUGAGUGUUGCCCAAUCGUUGAGUGCUCCACCGGUACCUUCUAUACCUCCUCCAUCACGCCAUCUACGAUUGGAAACGGAGGUGCCAUCACCGUCCUCCGCCCACCAUCUGGUAUGACCCAGAUCAGACCUACGCUACCGAGCGGUCAAACCCCACCCACGGGCAGCGGAGGCACGGGCUUCGUCCCACCAAGUCUAAAUGGCUGCCUGUACAAAGGUCAGCUCUAUGUCCAGAACCAGGCCUGGGAAGACGGCUGUGACUUCGCGUGCUUCUGUAAGGAUGCCGCCACCGGUCUAUACUCGUGCAAACAGAAAUGCCCCUCAUACCCGAACUUGGCUCCGUCCUGCCACCUGGAAGUAGACACAAACGACGAAUGCUGUAUGACACCGUCGUGUACCCCAGAUCCAAUCACACAUCAGAUCCCCGUGCAGAUCCCCGUGUUCUUGCCGGCAACACAGAACCACGUGAUUGUUGCUCCUCCCACUCUGAUGGAAGUACAUUCUGGCCAAUACACCGCUUACGUGACGCUGUAUCCACCAGGAUUCACUCCGGCACCACCCACAGUGCAACCGGGAACCAAUUUCGGCGGCGGAAUCGGUUAUUGUUUUUACCACGGCACUCAAUACACUCAGGGUCAAACCUGGGAGGAUGGUUGCGAGUUUAACUGCAUUUGUGACAAUGCAAAUACCGGACACUACACAUGUACUGAGAAGUGCGUGCACUAUCCACCUAUGCCUGCGUCAUGCUACAUGAUCAAGGAUCCCCUUAACGAAUGCUGCGACAUCCCCAAAUGCAAUUUUGGUGUGAACUUCGUCACGCACGUCGGUGAAUUGCGCCAAACAACAGUCAGACCACCUGGCGAGUAUUGCGUGUAUGGAGGUGCUCAAUAUCAACAAGGUCAGACUUGGUACGAUGGAUGUAGCUACCAGUGCACUUGUGAGGACGCUGUUAAUAACCAGUAUAGGUGCCUUACAAGAUGUCCCGAGUACCCGAACGUUGAUGAGACCUGCACUUUCCUGCCCGACCCGAAGGAUCCAAGCUGUUGCGUGAUGCCCAGCUGCCCUUCUUCCACCACCCCCGGGACGAAUCCGCUUAUUCCAACGCCUGCUCCUACUGGAACGUACAUUGGAACUGGAAUGGGAACUGGCUACUGCGAGUACAAAGGCGUGCGAUACACACAAGGGCAGGCUUGGCAAGAUGGCUGUGACUUCAACUGCGUCUGCACGGAUUCCGAGUCUGGCCUCUACAGAUGCACCGAGAGCUGCCAGAGGUACAACAAUCUGCCUCAGUACUGUACGCUUGUUACCGAUUUUGCAAACCCAUGUUGCAAGAAACCCAGAUGUAACAUCCCGUCAGGCUUCAGCUCAACAGUGUUCGUGCCAACCGGAACUACACGACCACCAACCCCGCCCCCACCCGGACAGACUGUCGCGCCAACGAAUCCACCACCACUCAAAUACUGCGUGUAUAAGGGAGUGAACUACAACCAGGGUGAGACUUGGGAGGAUGGAUGUCAAUACAAGUGCCGAUGUGACGAUUCAGACAAGGGACUGUACACAUGCAAUGAGAGAUGCGCAACUUACAACAACAUGCCAGCCAUGUGCAAGAUGGUAACAGACCCUGAAGAUUCAUGUUGCACCGUACCGUCGUGCAUUCCUCCCCCGGGAGCGACACCGGUUCCGGGUCAGUCAACCACACCUUACCAGAUCCCCACCGCUCCCCCUGGGGAAGUGACGGGUUCCGCCAACGUGCCGACCCCUAGGACAGGGGAGACACCCUCCCCAUUGACGUACUGCGUGUACAAGGGAGUGCAGUAUUCACAAGGACAGAGGUGGGACGAUGGCUGUCAAUUUACAUGCGAGUGUUUGGAUGCUGGUACCGGCAAAUACAGAUGUCUUGAAAAAUGCCAGAAGUAUGUAGAAGUUCCCGCAAAUUGCCGUCUGGCCCGAGAUCCAAGGAACCCUUGCUGCCAGAUUCCGGAAUGCAACGAACCCACGCCUCAGCCCCAGUUCACGCCUGGCCCGACUCCGUUACCCCCUACACCACCACCGAAUGUGUGCGUCUAUAAGGGCAACUAUUACACACAAGGUCAACAGUGGUACGAUGGUUGUGACUAUGCAUGCACGUGCGAGAAUUCUAUGACUGGCGUGUACACAUGCAAUGAAAGAUGUCCCCACUUUGGCCAGCUCCCGGCUGAGUGUACUCUAGUCAAAAGUUCAAGUGACCCACUUUGCUGUCAGGAACCAAAAUGCGUCUUCCAAAACACAAAAAAUCAGACAACUGGUUUCUUAACUCCACCGACGGCUCCACCAGGUGUGAUUGAUGGUGGCCACGCCACACCGACACCGCUGCCGACAAUGGCGCCGUCUCCGGGUUAUUCCCCAACUAUGGGACCAUCUACAACUCCAGCACCCCAAGUUUGUAUCUACAAGGGCAACAUGUACCAGCAAGGGAACACGUGGCGAGAUGGAUGCGAGUACAAUUGCGAGUGUCUGGACUCUAUGACCGGUCAUUACAGAUGUACAGAAAUGUGCCCUAAGUUCGACGAUCUUCCAGCCGGAUGUCGCCUCAUUACUGACCAGUACAAUCCGUGCUGCAAGAAGGCAUACUGUCCUGCCAACCUUGUGCCUACCCCGGCACCACCGGGCGCCACGCCGACCCCAGCCCCGAAAGCCACGGGAUGCAUGUACAACGGAGUGCUAUUCAAGAAAGGAGAGCAAUGGAAUGAUGGCUGUGACUUACAGUGCGUCUGUGAGGACGAGAUGACAGGUGUUUACAGAUGUAGAGACAGGUGCAACAAGUAUGACGUUCCUGAAGAUUGUACCCUGGUCACGGACCCCAGGGACGCCUGCUGCAAAGUUCCCUAUUGUGAAACUCCGACUACGCCGAAGCCCUGGAAUCCGGGCAUGAUUCCCACUCCAGCACCAGGGUUUACUUUUGCACCGAACAUGAUCCCAACACCCGCUCCAGGAAGCACAUAUGCACCAGGAAUGUUCCCUACAUGGGUACCAGGAAUGGUUCCCACGCCAGCCCCUGGGGUUACUUUCGCACCAAAUAAGAUACCCACACCAUACCCAGGUUUAACGUAUGCUCCAGGCAUGUUCCCUACGUGGGUACCUGGAAUGGCACCAACACCAGCUCCAGGAAUGACCUUCGCUCCGAAUAAAAUGCCAACACCAGGACCUGAUGGAUUGUAUCCUACUUGGGUACCAGGAAUGAUUCCUACACCAAUGCCAGGUCAAACUUUUGCGCCAAACAUGAUUCCAACCCCUGCACCAGGAAGUACAUAUCCACCGGGAAUGUUUCCAACAUGGGUUCCUGGUAUGGUUCCUACACCUGCACCAGGAGUCACUUACGCUCCUGAAAAGGUACCAACGCCAUAUCCAGGUGGCACGUAUGCGCCUUUGAAGUACCCAACAUAUAUUCCGGGAAUGGUACCAACGCCCGCCCCUGGAAUGACAUACGCACCAUGGCAAAUACCAACACCGGCUCCAGGUCAAACGUUUGCUCCUGGGCUCUACCCGACAUACGUUCCCGGAAUGGUUCCUACACCUGCUCCGGGCAUGACGUAUGCACCAAACAUGAUUCCAACCCCAGCUCCAGGAAGCACUUAUCCUCCAGGACAGUUCCCCACAUGGGUUCCAGGAAUGGUCCCGACACCAGCACCAGGCAUGACAUUUGCUCCGAACAAAAUUCCAACUCCAGCCCCUGGAUUAACGUACGCACCAGGAAAAUUCCCAACAUGGGUACCAGGAAUGGAACCCACACCCGCACCUGGGUUCACUUAUCCAUCAUACUUGAUUCCAACACCUGCGCCAGGCCAGACGUUUGCUCCAGGAUAUUUCCCAACACCAAGUCCUCAGCCAACUCCAGCACCAGGACAGACGUUUGCUCCGUAUGUACAGGGAAUGGUUCCAACUCCUCGACCUGGAUCAACAUAUGCACCAUAUCUUAUUCCAACCCCAGCUCCAGGCAGUACUUAUGCACCUGGGCAGUUCCCGACCUAUCUUCCAGGAAUGGUGCCUACUCCAGCGCCAGGAGUAACGUUUGCUCCUUGGUUAAUUCCAGGAAUCACACCUGCUCUAGGAAGUACAUAUGCUCCAUUCCAAUACCCAACCUGGGUACCAGGAAUGGUUCCUACUCCUGCCCCGGGAAUGACAUUCGCCCCUAACAAGAUUCCUUCGCCAGGUCCAGACGGACGAUACCCUACGUGGAUUCCAGGAAUGGUACCCACACCAAUGCCAGGAAGCACGUUUGCUCCAAACAUGGUUCCAACACCAGGAGUAGGUUCGACAUAUCCUCCCGGCCAAUUCCCUACAUGGGUUCCAGGAAUGGUCCCAACACCAGCACCUGGUGUAACAUAUGCUCCAGGAAAGAUUCCCACUCCAUAUCCGGGUGGAACCUAUGCGCCACUGCAGUUCCCAACAUGGGUUCCAGGCAUGGUUCCUACACCCGCCCCUGGAGUUACAUACGCUCCGAACAUGAUUCCUACGCCAGCCCCUGGGUUCACAUUUCCUCCAGGUCAGUUCCCAACAUAUAUUGCUGGAAUGGUUCCGACCCCAGCUCCAGGUGUAACAUACGCUCCAAAUAUGGUUCCAACGCCUGGUCCAGGUAGAACUUUUGCACCAGGGAUGUUCCCUACAUGGGUCCCUGGAAUGGUCCCAACUCCAGCCCCGGGCGUUACAUUUGCCCCAGACAAGGUUCCAACACCAGCAUAUGGAAGUACAUAUCCGCCCGGUCAGUAUCCAACAUGGGUACCGGGAAUGGUUCCGACUCCCGCCCCUGGUCAAACGUUUGCACCAAAUAUGGUUCCAACUCCAGCUCCUGGAUUUACAUACCCACCAGGGCAGUUCCCAACAUGGGUUCCAGGAAUGAUUCCUACUCCAGCACCUGGUGUAACCUUCGCUCCAGAUAAAAUUCCAACACCAGCUCCGGGCAGCACAUAUGCUCCGUUACAAUACCCAACAUGGGUACCAGGAAUGAAACCGACUCCCGCACCUGGUUUCACCUAUCCAUCAUACUUGAUUCCUACACCUGCGCCAGGCCAGACGUUUGCUCCAGGCUAUUUCCCAACACCUAGUCCUCAGCCAACUCCAGCACCAGGACAGACGUAUGCUCCAUAUGUACCGGGAAUGGUUCCAACUCCUCAGCCAGGACAAACAUAUGCACCAAAUCUUGUUCCAACCCCAGCUCCAGGCAGUACGUACGCCCCUGGAAAGUUUCCAACUUAUCUACCAGGAAUGGUCCCUACUCCAUCAGCACAUGCAACGUUUGCUCCUUGGUUAAUUCCAGGAAUUACACCUGCUCCAGGAAGUACGUAUGCUCCAUUCCAAUACCCAACCUGGGUACCAGGAAUGGUUCCUACACCUGGCCCGGGAAUGACAUUUGCCCCUAACAAGAUUCCCACGCCAGGUCCAGACGGACGAUACCCUACUUGGAUUCCAGGAAUGGUACCUACACCAAUGCCAGGAAGCACGUUUGCUCCAAAUAUGAUUCCAACACCAGCAAUAGGUUCGACCUAUGCUCCUGGUCAGUUCCCUACAUGGGUUCCAGGAAUGGUCCCCACGCCACAACCAGGUGUUACAUUUGCUCCAGGAAAGAUUCCUACCCCAGCACCAGGAAGUACUUACGCUCCAUUAAACUUCCCAACCUGGGUUCCUGGAAUGGUUCCAACACCGGCCCCGCAUGUGACAUAUGCACCCUGGGAAAUUCCGACUCCCGCAAUAGGUUUUACGUUCCCGCCAGGGGAAUUCCCCACAUGGGUUCCUGGAAUGGCUCCUACGCCUGCGCCAGGAAUGACAUACGCACCUAAUAUGGUUCCAACGCCAGCACCAGGAAGCACGUAUGCCCCAGGAAAAUUCCCAACAUGGGUACCAGGGAUGGUCCCAACGCCAGCCCCAGGUGUUACAUUUGCACCGAACAGAAUACCAACCCCUGCUCCAGGAAGCACUUAUCCUCCAGGACAGUUCCCCACAUGGGUACCAGGAAUGAAACCGACUCCUGCACCCGGGUUUACUUAUCCCCCAUACUUGGUUCCCACACCUGCACCAGGCCAGACGUUUGCUCCAGGAUAUUUUCCUACACCUAGUCCUCAGCCAACUCCAGCACCAGGCCAGACGUAUGCUCCAUAUGUACCGGGAAUGGUUCCAACUCCUCAACCUGGAUCAACAUAUGCACCAAAUAUUAUUCCAACCCCAGCACCAGGCAGUACUUACGCACCUGGACAGUUCCCGACCUAUCUUCCAGGAAUGGUCCCUACUCCAGCACCAGGAGUAACGUUUGCUCCAUGGUUAGUUCCAGGAAUUACACCUGCUCCAGGAAGUACGUAUGCUCCAUUCUCAUACCCAACCUGGAUACCAGGAAUGGUUCCUACACCUGGCCCGCCGGGAAUGACAUUCGCACCUGACAAGAUUCCCACUCCAGGUCCAGACGGACGAUACCCUACUUGGAUUCCAGGAAUGGUACCCACACCAAUGCCAGGAAGCACGUUUGCUCCAAACAUGGUUCCAACACCAGGAGUAGGUUCGACAUAUCCUCCCGGUCAAUUCCCUACAUGGGUUCCAGGAAUGGUCCCUACACCAGCACCUGGUGUUACAUAUGCUCCAGGAAAGAUUCCAACUCCAUAUCCGGGUGGCACCUAUGCGCCACUGCAGUUCCCAACAUGGGUUCCAGGAAUGAUUCCUACACCCGCCCCAGGAGUUACAUACGCUCCAAAUAAGAUCCCGACGCCAUAUCCUGGUGGCACAUAUGCGCCAGGCAUGUACCCAACUUAUGUACCAGGCAUGGUACCAACACCUCAGCCAGGAUACACCUUCGCUCCCAACAUGAUUCCAACACCAGGACCAGGAUUAACAUUCCCCCCAGGCCAAUACCCAACAUUUGUUGCUGGAAUGAUUCCAACUCCCCAACCAGGAUACACCUAUGCACCGGAUAAAGUUCCAACCCCUGGCCCAGGACUGACAUAUGCGCCAGGAAUGUACCCCACGUGGGUUCCGGGCAUGGUUCCUACACCCGCCCCAGGAGUUACAUACGCUCCAAAUAAGAUCCCGACGCCAUAUCCUGGUGGCACAUAUGCGCCAGGCAUGUACCCAACGUAUGUACCAGGAAUGGUUCCAACACCUCAGCCAGGAUACACCUUCGCUCCCAACAAGAUUCCAACACCAGGACCAGGAUUAACAUUCCCCCCAGGCCAAUACCCAACAUGGGUUGCAGGAAUGGUUCCGACGCCCGCUCCAGGAUACACGUUCGCACCAGAUAAAAUUCCAACCCCAGGACCUGGACGAACAUACGCCCCAGGAAUGUAUCCAACGUGGGUUCCAGGCAUGGUUCCCACUCCCUCACCAGGACAGACAUACGCACCAAACAUGAUUCCCACGCCAGGUCCAGGUCUGACAUACGCCCCUGGAAAUUACCCAGCACCGACACUCAACCCAUAUCCAGUUCCUACAGCGAUACCCGGAAAGUUCCAGGGAGUUGCAGUCGGCGUAAACGGAUCUGGAUGCGUGCACUAUGGUGUUGUCUACAAUGCUGGACAGACGUGGAAGGACGGUUGUAAAUAUGACUGCGAAUGUCUUGAUGACCAUACUGGCCGAUAUGAGUGCAAAGAACGAUGCCCGCUUUUCCUGAAUCUACCGACGUAUUGCCGACUUGUGAUUGAUCCCAAUGAUGCAUGCUGCAAGAUACCAGUGUGCGUCACUCCAGCACCGACUCCAGAGCCAAGGACAAACCCACCAACCCCAGCUCCAACCCCUGGCCUCCCGGGCCAGCCAACUCCGUCACCGCAACCAACGGCUCAGCCCACCCCACAACCAACUCCACAACCGAAAGAGGGAUGCGUUAUGAACGGCCAGCGUUACGUUGCGGGUCAAAGCUGGUACAUGGGAUGCGACCAGAAGUGCGUCUGCGAGGAUGGCAUGACUGGGUUCUACAGAUGCUUUGACAGAUGUGCAAAAUACGCAUCGGUUCCGUCUGGAUGUCAGCUGGUUCCCGACCCGAAAGACCCAACUUGCUGCCAGGUUCCACAGUGUAUCCCAGUACCUGGUCCUGGCCAGACAGUUCCAACUAAUGGGCCAUUCACUGUCACCGGUGUUCCAGGUGUCAUUUCCGGCUCCGGUACUCCUCCGACUCUUAUUCCGGGAACAGGCGGCUACACAAAUCCACCAAGAAACGUGUGUGUCUACAAUGGCAAGAUGUACACACAGGGACAGAAGUGGCAAGAUGGCUGCCAAUACGAUUGUGUUUGCGUUGAUUCAAUGACAGGCAAAUACGAAUGCACGGAGCGAUGCCCAACCUUCCCGUUGGUUCCGCCCCAAUGCCGCAUGGAACGGGAUCCCAGUGACGUAUGCUGCUUCGUGCCCGUUUGCGACUACAACCAGACGUCUCCCAGCAUUCCAAACCUUGUCUCACCAUCACCUGGUGGACCCACACAGGCUCCGCUACCUCCAUCAUUCUGUGUCUACAAGGGUGUAGCCUACCAGCAGGGCCAGAUCUGGGACGACGGCUGCGACAAAAAAUGUCGUUGCGAUGAUGCCGAUAACAACCUAUAUACAUGCUUCGACAGGUGUAAAUCUUACAAUAACCUCGGGUCUGGCUGUGUCAUGAUCUCCGAUCCUAGCGACAGCUGCUGCCAGAUCCCUCAAUGUACGUACGUGCCGACCUCUGGACCAGCUCUGCCAGGCUCCACUCCACCCACAGUUUGCCCAUUCCCGAUGCCCACUGCGGUUCCAGGAGUCAUUUCCGGUGGCCCUCAGCCGGAUCCGGUCACGGGCGUCGCACCUUCGAACGUCGGUUACUGUGAAUACAAAGGCCAACAGUACAGACAGGGAAUAAGCUGGGAUGACGGAUGUUCAUACACGUGUACGUGCGUCGACUCCAACAGCGGACAGUACCAGUGCCAAGAAAAAUGCCCUCGCUAUGUUGGUAUCCCGUCAUACUGCAAGAUGGCUCAGGACCCGAACAACAAAUGCUGCUCCAAACCCGCAUGUAAUGUGUGCCCGAACACACCAGUACCACCAACAGGUCCAUCACCAAGCGCUACUCCAGCACCAAAAGAGGUGUGUGUGAUGAACGGACAGACAUACACUCAGGGCCAGAAAUGGUUCAUUGGCUGCGACAAGAUUUGCGUGUGCGAUGAUGGAAAGACAGGAGUGUACACAUGUAACCAGAGAUGUCCGAGCUACACACAGCAGGCUGGAUGUACCAUGGUACCAGACCAACGCGAUCCUCAGUGCUGUUUGGCGCCGAAAUGUCCAACCGACGCAGGGGUGUUCGGUACCAUUAACGGUAGCGGCACGCCUGUGCAGCCUGGAACCAACCCACCCAUUACAGGCAACAAUACACCAACACCGGCGCCGAGCGUAUGCGUUUACAAGGGUAAAUCUUACACCCAGGGUCAACGGUGGCAAGACGGCUGUCAGUACGAAUGCGUCUGUGUCGACUCCAUGACAGGCCAGUACUCGUGCACAGAUAGAUGUCCGCGAUUCCCCGAUCUGCCACCAUCAUGCCACCUCGUGUACGACCCCGUCGACCCUUGCUGUCAGAAGAAGGAAUGUCUGACGGUUACCCCAACACCGUUCCCGGGAAUGUUGACGCCCGCACCAACACCUGCGCCAUCGUCAUAUUUCUGUGUGUACCAGGGGAUCCCGUACCGCCAGGAUCAGACAUUCAACAAGGGUUGCGAUCAGAUCUGCAAGUGUGAGGAUGCCAUGACAGGAAAAAUCACUUGCACCGAUAGGUGUCCCACUUACCCUCCUCUACCGGCCAACUGCACAUUGACAACUGAUCCCAACGACCAGUGCUGUCAGAUCCCAGUAUGCACAAGUCCGACCGGAACUGUGGUUGGAGUUCCCGGAACUAUAUCUGGCUCCAAUGUUCCCACCAACACAUACAACCCGACUGGAACCAGAAGCGGCUGUGUGUACAACGGACAGGUGUUCCAGCAAGGCCAGACUUGGGAUGACGGAUGCAAGUAUUCGUGCGAGUGUCUGGACUCAGCCACUGGCCAAUACAGAUGUACAGAAAAAUGCCCGCGUAUGCCCCCAAUGCCGUCCUACUGCACACUUUCCCGGGAUCCCAACAAUCAGUGCUGCCAGGUACCGUUAUGUACCCCACAGACUCAGACGAACCCGCCACCUUUGGGCUCCACGUUGACACCUACACCGGCCCCGCCAAAUGUGUGCGUCUACAAGGGAAGCGUAUACCAACAAGGCCAGCAAUGGUAUGACGGAUGUGACUACGUAUGCACAUGCGACGAUGCAAGCAAGAAUUUCUACAACUGCAGACAACGAUGCGCCGCCUAUCCAAGUGUCCCGGCUGGCUGCACGCUGGUACCGAACCCUGCUGAUCCCACAUGCUGCGAGAUACCGAACUGUCCCAUCGUACCACAGGGUCCAAGCCCUACCCCAGGCAUUGUGACCUUGGCACCUCAACCACCAGGUGUUAUCACAGGUGCAAAUCCCACACCACCCCCAGGUUCCACCCUGCCGCCACCAUACCGCUCCGGAUGCGUGUACAAGGGACAGUUGUUUUUCGAAGGCCAAACAUUCGAUGACGGCUGUGAUUAUGAAUGUCAGUGUCUUUCAAACAUGACGGGACAAUAUCGGUGUGCAGAGAAGUGUCAGAAAUAUUCAGCUCUACCUCGACAGUGUGUUCUUGUACAAGAUGUAAACAAACCAUGUUGUCAAGUGCCGUACUGUGACUUUACAAACCCGACACCGUUCCCGACCGGCAUGCCGACACCCCAACCACUUAUCCCAACUCCGAGACCUGGUGUGGUCACCGUAGCUCCUUACAUAGUGCCGGGUAUUUCAAGCUCACAGCCACCCAGUGUCAACCUGAGUCCAACACCAUUCCCACCAUCGCCUACACCGCAACCUCAGGGCUACUGCGUGUACAAUGGUGUGUACUACACUCAAGGCCAGACGUGGAAUGAUGGAUGUGCAAAGACAUGUCGUUGCGAAGAUGUGAUGAGAGGCUAUUACACAUGUUUCCAGAGAUGCCCAUCGUAUCCCCCAUCGAGCUGCCCGAUGAAGUCCGACCCGAACGACCAAUGCUGCCUGAUGCCCGACUGCAACGGGCCGAUACCUUCCGCGAUCCCGACACCAAUGCCCGGCCAAUCCACGGUUAACCCAACGUUCACAAUUAAACCAGUUACAGGUGGAAGCAUUUCCGGUACCAACGGCGGCAAUCCAGCCAUUGUACCUGGUAUUCCAGGAUCGGGACCAUCCGGAUCAUCACCCGCAUGUGUGUACAAGGGUAUGGUCUACACGCAAGGCCAGACAUGGAACGACGGCUGCAUCUAUACCUGCGAGUGCGUAGACUCGUCACGUGGCCAAUACAUCUGUCACGACAGAUGUCCGAAGUACCCAGCUUUGCCUCCCACGUGUUCAUUCGUUCAGUCCACGACUGACAGCUGUUGUAAGCAGCCGGUCUGUAACACGUACAUACAACCAACAACACCAGCACCAGCAACGACACAGCCCCCAGUCACAAUCAAACCCAUCGACAAAUGCGUCUACUUUGAUGGCAGAAUGUUCAACCAAGGCGACAAAUGGAUGGACGGGUGCUCGGUCGAGUGCGAGUGCACAUACGCCGCAUACAACACCUUCCAGUGUAACGACAAAUGCCCCAUGUACUCCGGACUACCUUCGAUAUGCGUCCUGAUCACCGAUCCAGCGAACUCGUGCUGCAAGAAACCACAGUGUACUCUCACCUCAGGCAGCACUCUAACGCCGCUCAUUGGCAACGCCACUGCGCCCCCGAACUCGCUACAGAUCCUUCCAGUAGGCACACAUAACCUCACCAGCGGAUAUGGCAAGCCCGACAACACUGUUCCGGGAUACCGAGACAAGUGCGCUUACAAAGGUGUGGUGUACUCACAGGGCCAGUCAUGGGACGACGGUUGUGAUUUCGUGUGUACAUGCGAGGAUGCCCAACGGGGCAUGUACCGAUGCACUUCCAAGUGCCCGCAGUACCCCGCUUUGCCAAGCUACUGCAAGAUGGUAAAGAUUCCCGGCCAAUGCUGCCCGUCAAUGACCUGUGACAUUCCCGGCUACGGCACAUACAACCCUGUACCUCAAUUGGUCCCGACACCGAGACCACCUGGCGCCACCUCGGACCCUUACUUGAACUCGGCAACAAAUCCACCAAUUACCGGAACCGGUUCCAACCAAUGUCUGUACAAGGGAGUUCUAUACAACGAGGGUGCUAUAUGGGACGACGGCUGUGACUACCGCUGCGAAUGCCAAGACGGAAGAACCGGAUAUUACGUGUGCAAUCCUCUCUGCCCGGUGUACAACAACCUGCCAUCGAACCAGUGCUACUUGGUAAAGGCCAAUGGGCAGUGCUGCUCUACCCCAAUGUGCUACGACCCCAACACCGGAAAGGUGGUGAACCCACUGACCAGUCAGUCGGUCUUCCCAGUCGUGGGCACGUACCAAGGCGGUUUCACAGGAUUCAGACCGAACACUCAGACGGGUGGAAACUUUGGAAAUGGAGUCGCGUGCGUGUACAAGGGCAAGGUUUACCACAAGGGUGACACUUGGGACGACGGAUGUGAUUUCGAGUGCACAUGCAUAGAUGAGACAACUGGAACAUAUAAAUGUGACGCCAAAUGUCCAACUUACACCAACAUUCCUCCGGUGUGCCGAUUCGUAGACCAGCCUGGCAACUGCUGCAAGAGACUCACUUGCACCGGACCCUCUGUGACUGGAACCAUACCACCAGGCACAACCAUUCUGCCGCCUUCCACCACACCUAACAAGGACCCUAACUGUUACGACAGGAUCAACAACUGCAAUGCAUACGGACACGUCGCGUGCCAGAAUUACCCAGACUGGGCGAGAAGAAACUGUGAAAUGUACUGCAGCAUAUGCACACCCAUGUAUACAACGGCCCCAACACCAUGUGGCGAUAAACUACCGGAUUGCAAGGAUUUCGGAAGUCAGGCGUGUUCCGGUAUUUACGAGCCUUGGGCCCGCGACAAUUGCGCCAUGUUCUGUGGCUACUGCGGUUCAACUCCGUCUGGGCAAGUUAUUACAUCUACUACUACUCCGGCGUCUUCCGGCUGUGUGGACGUAUUACCGACAUGCAAUUUGCUGGACAAGAGCUACUACUGUGCUGGAGAUUACUUGAGCUGGGCCUACACCAAUUGUCAAAAAUACUGCGGCCUUUGCAAUACGAUAAUUACAACAACGCCUGUUUCGACCACCCCAGCUCAGUCCUAUCCGUUCGAGGUCCUUUUGAAGGGCGUGGCAGGUGCACCCGGACCAGACCUGUACCAGCUAUGGCACUCAUCACAGACACUCAACACGGAUAAGCCCCUGGCUUCACACCUGACCACAGAAUACAAUGGGCAUUAUAAACCAGGCACGUCCAACAACUGGAACAGCAAAUGCUUUGACCAGAUUCGCGUUUCAAUUUACAACGGCGGAGUUGAAAAGGCUUACAUCUUAUUCAACGCAACCGGCUCUACCAAAGAAAACUGGUUUACUUCUGACCGCAUUAUUUCCUCCACUUGGACAGACCUCAAAACUACAACGAAAGAACUCAUGAGUCUUUCAGGUGAUGCCAAUACUGGGCGAGAGUUCUACAUCAGCGGCCACACAUCUCCGGGCGACAGCUGUGACUCGUUCGGCUGGAUGAUGAUCUCAACUAAGGCAACAUGUUUCUACGAAGCUGGAGACGCAAAACCAACAUUCUACUAUGCACCGGGCACAGGCCUUGCAAACUGGGCAAUGAACAACCCAUUAACCGGAGACCUAUUCGUCAUUCAAGGUCGCCCAACGUGUAACACAGGUCCUAGUGGUCAGCCCACUACAACCGGCACCAUUUCAACGACAGCGUUUUGCGACUACAAGAAUCAGCAUUAUACCCAAGGUCAGAUGUGGACAGACGGUUGCAGCUUGAACUGCACAUGUGUGGAUGCGGCCACGGGCUAUUACAGAUGCUUCGAUUUAUGUCCGAAAUACGCCGCCCUUCCGCCGGGUUGCACCGUUGAGAAGAAACCAGGAGAGUGUUGUGGGCAGCCUACUUGCAGCAUUUCGAACGUGAUCACAAUUAAACCCAUCAUAAUUGUCGGCGGGACGUCAUUCUGUGUGUACAAAUCACAGUCCUACCUCCAGGAUCAGACAUGGAAUGACGGCUGCAGUCAGUCGUGUACUUGUACAGAUGCCACACGGGGUCUCUAUUCCUGCAGACAAGUGUGUCUGAACUGGGACUCCCUGCCACCCAUCUGCCACAUGGAGGACCCACCGGCAGGGUUGUGCUGCCAGCAACCCAAGUGCCCCAACGGCGCCAUUAUCCAGAUUCCACAGGCCUACAAGGAUGAAUAUCCGGGCUACUCUUAUGUGUAGUUUUCUUCAUGGACAAUUGAUUUAUAACUACUUGAAAUAAAUAAAUUAACGUUUAAAAGCA